GUACAAAAAUCAACUUUAUUGUUCCUCAGCCCCACCUCCCGGCGCGGCGCGCCUAGUCAGGAUGUACUGAGGCAGAGGGGAGGGAGGCGGCGGCGGGUCGCGGUCGCGGUCCCUCUCCUCCGAGCGCCCGGCCGGAGGGGAGGGAGUCACGAUGUCUGGGAGCCGCCAGGCCGGGUCGGGCUCAGCCGGGACCAGCCCUGGCUCCUCUGCGGCCUCCUCGGUGACUUCCGCCUCCUCGUCCUUAUCCUCUUCCCCGUCGCCCCCUUCCGUAGCGGCUUCGGCCGCGGCGCUGGCGUCCGGCGGGGCGGCCCAGGCCGCGGGCUCGGGCGGCCUCGGGGGCCCGGUGCGGCCUGUGCUGGUGGCGGCCGCAGUGUCCGGCAGCGGCGGCGGGAGCGGCGGCGGGGCGGUGUCCGCGGGCCUGUCCCGGCUCAGCUGCGCAGCCAGGCCCAGCGCCGGCGUAGGAGGGAGCAGCUCCAGCCUAGGGAGCGGCAGCAGGAAGCGACCUCUGCUUGCCCCUCUGUGCAACGGGCUCAUCAACUCCUACGAGGACAAAAGCAACGACUUCGUCUGCCCUAUCUGCUUUGAUAUGAUUGAGGAAGCAUACAUGACGAAGUGUGGCCACAGCUUUUGCUACAAGUGUAUUCAUCAGAGUUUGGAGGACAAUAAUAGAUGUCCCAAGUGUAACUAUGUUGUGGAUAAUAUUGACCAUCUGUAUCCUAAUUUCUUGGUGAAUGAGCUCAUUCUCAAACAGAAGCAAAGAUUUGAGGAAAAGAGGUUCAAAUUGGACCACACAGUGAGUAGCACCAAUGGCCACAGGUGGCAAAUAUUUCAGGAUUUGUUGGGAACUGACCAAGAUAAUCUUGAUUUGGCCAAUGUCAACCUCAUGUUGGAGUUAUUAGUGCAGAAGAAGAAACAACUGGAAGCAGAAUCACAUGCAGCCCAACUACAGAUCCUUAUGGAAUUCCUCAAGGUUGCAAGAAGAAAUAAGAGAGAGCAACUGGAGCAGAUUCAGAAGGAGUUAAGUGUUUUGGAAGAGGAUAUCAAAAGAGUGGAAGAAAUGAGCGGCUUAUACUCUCCUGUCAGUGAGGAUAGCACAGUGCCUCAAUUUGAAGCUCCUUCUCCAUCACACAGUAGUAUUAUUGAUUCCACAGAAUACAGCCAACCUCCAGGUUUCAGUGGCAGUUCUCAGACAAAGAAACAGCCCUGGUAUAACAGCACAUUAGCAUCAAGACGAAAACGACUCACUGCUCAUUUUGAAGACUUAGAGCAAUGUUACUUUUCUACAAGGAUGUCUCGUAUCUCAGAUGACAGUCGAACUGCGAGCCAGUUGGAUGAAUUUCAGGAAUGCUUGUCCAAGUUUACUCGAUAUAAUUCAGUACGACCUUUGGCUACAUUAUCAUAUGCUAGUGAUCUCUAUAAUGGUUCCAGCAUAGUUUCUAGUAUUGAAUUUGACCGGGAUUGUGACUACUUUGCAAUUGCUGGGGUUACAAAGAAGAUUAAAGUCUAUGAAUAUGGCACAGUCAUUCAGGAUGCGGUGGAUAUUCAUUACCCUGAAAAUGAAAUGACCUGCAAUUCCAAAAUCAGCUGUAUCAGUUGGAGUAGUUACCAUAAGAACCUGUUAGCCAGCAGUGAUUACGAAGGCACCGUCAUCCUAUGGGAUGGAUUCACAGGACAGAGGUCAAAGGUCUAUCAGGAGCAUGAGAAGAGGUGUUGGAGUGUUGACUUUAAUUUGAUGGAUCCUAAACUCUUGGCUUCAGGUUCUGAUGAUGCAAAAGUGAAGCUAUGGUCUACCAACCUAGACAACUCGGUGGCAAGCAUUGAGGCGAAGGCUAACGUGUGCUGUGUUAAAUUCAGCCCCUCUUCUAGAUACCAUCUGGCUUUCGGCUGUGCAGAUCACUGUGUUCACUACUAUGAUCUUCGUAACACUAAACAGCCAAUCAUGGUAUUCAAAGGACACCGAAAAGCAGUCUCUUAUGCAAAGUUUGUGAGUGGUGAGGAAAUUGUCUCUGCUUCAACAGACAGCCAGCUAAAGCUGUGGAAUGUAGGGAAGCCAUACUGUCUACGUUCCUUCAAGGGUCAUAUCAAUGAAAAAAACUUUGUAGGCCUCGCUUCCAAUGGAGAUUAUAUAGCUUGUGGAAGUGAGAACAACUCUCUUUACCUGUACUAUAAAGGACUUUCUAAGACUUUGCUAACUUUUAAGUUUGAUACGGUCAAAAGUGUUCUGGACAAAGACCGAAAAGAAGAUGAUACAAAUGAGUUCGUUAGUGCUGUGUGCUGGAGGGCACUGCCAGAUGGGGAGUCCAAUGUGCUGAUUGCUGCUAACAGUCAGGGUACAAUUAAGGUGCUAGAGUUGGUAUGAAGGGUUUACUCAAGUUGAAUUGUACUUGAUCCAGCUGAAAUACAUCUGCAACUGACAAUAAGAGAAGACAGAAACUGUCAUGUGAUGUCUCUCCCCAAAGUCAUCAUGGGUUUUGGAUUUGUUUUGAGUAUUUUUUUCUUUUCCUUUUUUUCCCUCCUUUAUGACCUUUGGGACAUUAGGAAUACCCAGUGAACUCUCCAACAUCCAUGUAACUCUACGGACUUUGCUGCUGUUGGUGGUAUGGUUAUCUAAUUUUUGUGAUAGGGAAACAAAUUCUUUUGAAUAAAAAUAAAUAACAAAAAAUAAUAAAAGUUUAUUGAGCCACAGCUGAGCUGGGAAACUUUUUGUCCAAUGUGGCAAGAGAUAAUUUUAUCUUUUCAAGAAGUAGCACACAUACACUAUAGUAUAAUAUACUGAUGAAUAAUUUUUAAGGUCCAUAUUUCCCCACCUCUUUGGAAUUAUGCAUAUCAACAUAAAGUAUAUGAAUUCUUUUCUGUGAAUUUAAUGUUUACAGUAGGUAGAAAG